GCCAGCAAAAGGAAAGGAUCUGUGUACAAGACGUGCUGUCAUGACAACGGAUGCCCUUUCCUACGGCAGCACCUAAUAAGCAGUAUGAUGUCUUUGGAUGUGCUCGUAGCAUGUGCUGUGCUGCAGGACCACGCUGAUCAGCUGUCAGUGUUAGGAAACAUUAUAACGGGAGCGGAGACUCAGCAAAGGACCGAACUGCACCUAAAAACAGCUCAACAGAUGGUUGGGAGCAGUUUGUCUGAUUUCACAGGAAAAUUACACAAAUCCCAAAAGCAAAUAAGUAUUCAGGAGAGUCUACUUACUUCUGACAUCCUGGCCAAAGUGCAGAGAGACAGGCAGUUUAUGUCAGACGUGAUAAAUGAGUUAAUGGUCGAGCUGCAGAAGAAAAACACUUUUCAAAGUCUCUUGUCAGCAGUAGGAGAGGACCGGAAGAAGAAAGUCCAACUUCUGGACAUAAUAAACAGGGAGGAAGAGGGUCGUCUCAGGAAUAAAGCACUGCAAAAACAGUUACUUGACAUUCGCAAGCAAAAAAUAGAGGAGUGCGAGAAGCUUAAUGAGUUGUUGGAAUACCUGAGGAUGCAGGUAGAGAACAUGAGGGUGAGGACAAACCGACAAGAGAAAUUUGUGAAGAGAUGUGCCGAACAGCUAGUCUGCCAAGGGCUGAAUCUCAACAGUCACAAAGAGAAAGAACUGGAAGAUGAAAUUGGGAUGCUGCAAGAGAGAAUUGAGGAGGAAAAGAAUGUUCACAUGGAGAUGGAGAUCUUCCUAAAAAGACAACAUACAAACUUAGGGGAAAAGUUCCAGUUUUGGAUCCAGCGGUAUGAAAAAGACAUGAAGGAGAAGGAGCAAGAGAUCACCGCUCUAAAGAAUAAAAGAAACAACUGCCUGGCACGAAUUGACGAGCUGUCCAAAAAGUGCAGAAACAUGGAAGAGGUUAUCACUGAGGACAGGAUGGAGAAGGAACGUUUGCGUGCACAGCUGGAGAAAGAGCAGAAGGAGAUAGAUGCAGCAACUAAGAUCCAGGCCUGGUGGCGGGGGACUCUCGUACGCAGAGGACUGGGAUCACCUAAGAAAGCAACCAAAUCCAAGUCUAAAGGUGGCAAAAAAGGCAAAAAGAAGAAGAAAUGAUGACUGUCACAAUAUACAUUUAAACAAACAAUAGAUAAUUAAAGUGAUUGCCAGAGAAUCAGCAGAGUGACAGUUUGAUGAUCAGAAAUAUAAUUUGAGAGAUGGGGAUAUUAACCGGAUUAUAGGUGAAAAAUAACACUAAAAAGUCAAGCAUAUUAGUACAAACAGUUAAGCCCGAAACACACCAAGCCGACGGUCGGCAUCGGCUUUUGUGCAUCGGCCAACUAAGUUUCCUCGGUGUGUUCCGCAGAGAGAUGUGAGUUUAAAAUAAUAAAAAAAUAUCUUUAUUAAGAAGACAAACAAUGAAAAUAAAAUUGAUGAAAUUAUCUGGAACCUGUAAACUUGUGUGAGAUGGCCUUUAUAGAAAAUAAAAAGUGGAUCAAAUCAGGAUUACAAUGAGAUGGUCAGACUAGUUAAAGACACAAAGGGUGCAGAAUGAUGCUAGUUGAAUGAUGAUAGUACUUGAAUCAAGGCCAGUCUUAUAAUGAGCUUGGUCCACCCUAGCAAACAAACCCUGAUCCAGUAUGCUCAGUUUUAUCGCCUACUGUUGCAUCUUACACACAGUCUAUAUUGUGGAUGCACACUGACCUGAUUCCAUUCUAAAUUCUACAUUUUUAAUGUUCUGUAAUUAGUGUUUGGGAAUUGCUAUCUGAAUGGCGAAAUCUGGUGGUCAGAAUGUCAUGCUUCAACAGCAUUAUUUUGGCUGUGGUGCUCACAAUCAAAUACAGCAAAAUAUUUG